GUCUCUUUAUGGCUCUGAUUGGCCUCUGGCCUUUGCAGCAUCUAAUAUAACUGAUAAUGUUAAUGUACAGCCUGAGGCAUUCACACUUCCCACUUUAAAAAGGGAAAGCAUAAAGAAAAAUGAGCCAUGAAUUAUGAAGUAACUCUUUUAUCUUUAGGAGACUUUGCGUUCAUCUUUUUGACUGAAAAAGAAAGGAGGGCCCGGGAAAUUCGUGCUUCACCUUGAUCGAUGUGGAUCGAGUACAAUCACAGUGAAGUGGCUUGGGAGAGUGUGUCCAUUAUGGAUCACAAGAUUGACAUAAAGUAAUCGAUUUUUCGUAUAAUAUGCAUUCCAACUAAGGCUUCCUUUUUUCAAUGUCAUUGUCACGUGACGUGACUGCUACAAAAAACAAACUGCUUUUUAACUCUCCUCAUGUCUCAAAGUUCACUAUUCACCUCUUGAAAGUGCACUUCACGCUGCCCCGUUUCCUGACGCCUUCAACUGGGUGUUGCUGAUCAACAAGCUCUCUCUCUCUCUCUCUUCUCUGAGGCUAUCUAAAUGCAGUUUGUCGCAGAAGUUCGAUAAAUCGCUAAGCAAGCCGAAGGUGGAGUUGCAUGCCCACCUCAAUGGGUCCAUCAGAGACUCCACGAUCUUAGAGCUUGCUAGAGAUUUGGGUCAGAAGGGUGUCAUUGCUUUCUUGGACGUGGAGCACGUUAUCAUGAAAAGUAUGCAUUCUAGUCUGUUCUUCUGUGCUUUUCUCUGCUUCGGUGCUGUGGACUAGGAGGGAAUAGAGUCAAAAUUUGAACUUUGAAUUUUCGUAUGAUCGUUCUUUGGUUGAAGUGUUCAAAAUGUUUGAUCUCAUUCGUGUUAUUACAACCGAGCACUCUACCAUCACGAGGAUUACCAAAGAAGUAAGACCAUUUGGCAACAAAUCCUCCGAAAUUUCAAAGUAUCGCAGGUGAGGAAAAGAAUGACGAAUGAGGUGGACGAGAUCUGCCAGUUACCAGGGAACAUAACGGACCAAAUCCUAUCGUGCUUGCCGAUUAAGGACGCAGUGAGGACUAGUAUUUUGUCGAGAAAGUGGAGGUACAAAUGGUGCUCUAUUCCACAACUCGUGUUUGAUGACCAAUGUACCAAGGCCAGGGGAGUUCCUUCUUUUCAACCAUCUCUGCAAGAAAACUUGGUGAACAUAAUUUAUAGGGUCCUCUUGCUUCAUACUGGUCCAAUACAGAAGUUCAAGCUCUCUCACAAAGAUUUUUGCGCCACGAGUGACAUUGACGACUGGAUUCUUCAUCUAUCCAGAGUGUCCAUCAAAGAAAUUGUACUCGAUAUCUGGAAGGGGCAGAAUUACAAGAUUCCCUCCUCCUUAUUCAAUUGCCAAUACUUGAUUCAUUUGGAACUGUACAAAUGUUUGGUGAAAAUCCCAUCGAUGUUCGAAGGAUUCCAUAACUUGGAAAGUUUGGAUCUUCAGCACGUUCAACUGUCUCUGGACGGGCUUAAGGCUCUGAUUUCUCACUGCCCCCUACUAAAACGUUUGAAGUUGAGGAACUUAGAGGGGAUUAAGCAAAUUAACGUCGAUACUGGGAACCUCGAGUGGCUUGAUGUUGAAGGAGCUUUUCAGGAUGUCACUUUCGGUUUUAUGAACCGUUUGAAGUCGAUUAGGGUAGAUUUCUCUGAUGAUAUUGCCAACGAAUGUGGACUCGGCAAUGCCAACUCGAGCAAUUUGCACAAAUUCUUCCGAAAUCUGCCCCAAAUUCAGAGUGUCGAGCUUGAAAAUUACUCACUGAAGUAUUUGGCUAUUGGAAAUGUUCCACAGACGCCGCCUAAUGAACUCUGUCAUUUGAAGUACCUCUUCACAUGCAUAGACUUCAGUAGAGUGGAGGAGAUUUUGACUGUUAUGUGCCUGAUUAGAAGCUCUCCUCAGUUGAAACAUGUAGACUUUCAGAAUCGUGCCAAGGAUCAACAGACUACAAGGAUUGGGACGAUGGCUGACUUUUGGGAAGACCACCUUGCGUGUUGCCUAGAGCAAAUACAAGUUGUAUCAAUGGGUGGGAUUCUUGGCAAUGAGCCAGAGCUGGAAUUGAUGAAGUUUCUGCUUACUAGCUCGCCAAACCUACAAAAGAUGACGAUCCAGCCUAAUUCCACGAGUGGAGAAGGCAAGUUGCUCAGGGAGUUGCUGCGGUUCCGACGAGCCUCAGCGCAAGCGGAGGUGAUCUUUCUCUGAUCCUGUUGAUCCGGAAGCCGACCCGCAAGAUUAAAUCACACAUGAGAGUAAUAGUCACUGUAAUCCUUUCAAAUAUUGAAAAAUCAAUCCCUUUAUUUUACUUUUUUUUAAUGAAACUAUGGUCUGUCCACUUCUUUAAAUGGUCCACUGAUUGUCCUUUUAUUUAUGCGGUCGGACGGAAUGCUGAGUGAAGAAAAGGGUCAAGUUAUUAUUAGCUCAGCUUUCUUAUGUGCCGGCUGAAAUGCUGAGUUGGACGCCUAGUGUCGAGCUUGCAGAGUGGAUAUUUUUUACUUUUUACUUUUUAUCCU